GAGUGUCUUCCGGAUGAGACCUUCUUUACCCCGUCUCACUUCCUCGCCAGUCCUUCCGGUUUGACCGCCAACAUAGACAGCAGACAUGGCCGUGCGCUACCCAAUGGCCGUUGGCCUCAGUAAAGGUCACCCAGUUACCAAAAACGUAACUGCUCCUAAACACAGUCGCCGACGCGGGCGUCUGACCAAACACAGCAAAUUUGUUCGUGACAUGAUUCGUGAGGUGUGCGGUUUUGCUCCGUAUGAGAGGCGAGCCAUGGAGCUGCUGAAAGUGUCCAAGGACAAGAGAGCUCUCAAGUUCAUCAAGAAGAGGAUUGGAACUCACAUUCGCGCCAAGAGAAAGAGGGAGGAGCUGAGCAACGUGCUGGCUGCCAUGAGAAAGGCUGCUGCCAAGAAGGAAUAACCUGUCACCCAAUAAAAGUUUGUUCAACUAUAAA